UUCAUGAGGGCUGUGAUCAGUGGUGUACAGUUUCCCAUUGGUGUGGGGGAGAAUAGAAAGGAAGCCAAGCAGAAUGCAGCAAAAAGUGCCCUGAGAAGUUUGGAUGACAAGGAAAAUCAGAGACCAGUGGGAGAAAAUGUGUCGUCAAAACCUGCUCCUGUUUGUCAGAAAAAUAUCACAGCCAAGCUGGUAUAUGAGAAGACAUGUGUGUCUGAUGAGCUGUCCAGACUACAGAUCACACCUGAUUUCUGUGAUGCAGAAUCAGAAAUCAUGGUAGAGACUCCUAAUGCAUCGAAGCAUCCCAUUGUUCAGAAUAUUCCUCAUGAAACUAAUCCAGGAAGUGAUUCCAGUGAGCUGACCUCAGACCAUUCAGAAACAUUAAGUACCAAGUCACAAUUCGACUUCAAAGAGUUGCUCGGCAGUGGAGCUUUUGGUCAGGUUUACAAGGUGAUAGACAAGUUGCUGGACAAGCACUUUGCUUUAAAGAUUGUCCGCUUCAAAGAGAUCAGAAAAGCUGUAAGAGAGGCAAAGGCAAUGUCAGACCUCUACCACCCUCACAUUGUUAGAUGCUACUCUGCUUGGGUGGGAGAUUCAGGCUACCAGUGGGACAGCACAGAUGACAGCAGCAGCUCUACACAGUCUUCUAGUGAUUCAUCUGAAAAGUUCCUCUACAUUCAGAUGGAGUUAUGUGACACCAGAACACUCAAAGAGUGGAUAGAUGAGAACAAUAAGAACACAUCUAAUCGAGACUCAAAGAGAAGAAAAGAAAGUCUGGACAUUGUUCUGCAAAUAGUCGAUGGAGUCGAGUACAUUCACUCUAAGAAGUUCAUUCACAGAGACCUGAAGCCUUCCAACAUCAUGUUUGGGCAGGAGGGACAAGUAAAGAUUGGAGACUUUGGUUUGGUCACUACUGAGACUGAUGACAACGGAGAACUGAAG